AUUAUCUAACACUCUUCCAUUACAACAAAAUUUCACUCAGACACUCAUAUCUCAGAUCCCUUCUUCUAAUCCUCUCACCUUUUUCCUUUUCUUUAUCCCCUUUCUCUUUUCAUUUUCUCUAUAAUUUAACACACAAACACAUUCAAACCUUAAAAAACAACAACAAUCUCCGUCACAAACUUUGUCUCCAUCACUCAUCGUGUCGGAGAUUUUGUUUUCGUCUUAGAUUUGAAAACAUGUAUUGGGAGAUCUAGUUGGUUUAAUCAACGAGUCGUGGAGAAGCUACGUUGUGGGUUAGUUACACUAAAACGGCAUCGUUUUGGGUUUUGUUUUGUUGGUAGUUUCUGAUUUCUGAUACUUUGUAAUUGGUCUUAGAAGUGAUUAUAAUCUGUGAAGUGUGUUGUUGUUGUUACUUGUUACGUUGUUAAGUGUUACAAAUGGAGACACUUGUUGUUGUAGCUCAGCAUAGAAAUCAAUACUAUAGCAGAUCUAAAACAAAAGGUCAUGCUCAAUUUGGUUCUGUUUCACCUAGACACUUUAGAGGAAUUAAUUGUAGAACUUUUCAAACUGGCUCUGGUAUUCUACCAACUCCAUUCAAAUCUUCUACUUUACUUUCACCUGAUAUUUCUUCAAAAACACCUUUAACUACUCCAAUUGCAAACUCUGAUAACAAGAUUUUUGACAAAGUUGCCCCAAGUAGUGCCCCGGUACCUAUGGAUGGAAAAGGUUGUAAAAAGGAGAGAACUUUUUGUCGUCCUAAUGGGAGUUUUUUGCUUUCAGAACUUUGGGCUGGACCUACUUACUCUAAUUCACCGCCGCCGAGUUCUUUGCCUAUUCCGAAAUUCUCUGUUAGACCGAAGAGGACUGUGUCUCUUGAUCUUCCUGGUUCUUGUUCACCUGAGAUUGAAAUGCGCAAGAUUGCUAACUCUGCGCCGUGUUCCCCUCGUAGGGAGGAUUCCCCUUUUGCUAGAGAUUUCCUUGUUAAUGCUGAUUCUGCGACUAAGACUCUUUGUCGCAUUCUCAAUCUUAACUUGGAUGAUGAUGAAUGAAACUCAAAGGAGCUAGUGGUUAUUGUAAAUAAAAUAAGUUUUUUUUUUUUAAUGAAGUUGGGUUAGUGUUAGAUUCAACGUGUAUAUAGAGUGGCCAAAUAAAGAUUAGGGUAUGAUUUUGGUUGGUUGAGUUUGUGUAGCUUUCAGUAGUAGUGUGGUGCACUUGACAAUGAUGAUUAGAGGCUGUGGUUGGUUGACAUUCUCCAAAUUUUCGAAAUUUGAUCAGGUUUGAAUUUGGAAAGGGUAACGCUCUUAUGAGAGCAGGUUUUGCUUUGUGACUCAGGUGACAUGGAUGGAAUUUGCAGGGAAAAUGGUAUGGAGGCAGUUAGGAGGGUAAUGGAAGGGAGUGGCAUGCAAUAGAUUUGGUUGACUAUGCUUUAUUUCAUUUGGCUUGAAGAAAGUUACUGAGUCCUGAAAUCAUGAUAUCUAUAUAGUUCACAACAUAAUUUCUUCACAGAAUGAUUAACUUAAUUUAAUUUGAUGAAGGAUUUAGGCCUCUUGCUUUAGUACAUACUUUAGGUUGUAGAGUCUUGAACUUACAUAACUCUUUAGAGAUCAAUCCUUUGGUCUUUAUCACUCCCCUUUAAAUUUUCUCUUCUUAUCAUCUUCUAGUUUUCUAGGUGGUCUACUGUUUACAAUCUAGUAGUUAGUUACUACCUUUCUUUCCAAUCCUUCUUAUCUCCUAGCUAUCUUUUGCUUCUCUCUUAAGCUCUCAUUUCUUAGGUGCCUUUUGUGAGGGCAAAGUUUGUCCCUUCACCAUCUUUUCUGUUUUUUUUACAAAGAAAAGUUGGAAGGGUUUGGUUAUAUAAUCUUUUGUAGAUGAAUGCUUUAGUUAUGUAGGUUAAAUCCUUGUCGCAACUCACACCACAUGUUACUUACUAGUACCAUCCUCUUUAGUCCAUAUUAUUUUCCAUUUCGCCUUUUGGUUAAUGCUUCUUUCUGCUGUCUUCACCUGGUUUAUCCUCCAUGGAGAGUGUUGGCCAUGCUACACCUAAAUUAAGGUAGGUGUAACUGCUCUGAUGCUAUUUUCUUCUACAGAUGUCAUCUUCUACACUGUUGGUUCGACUUCAAGAUUGUCUUUGUUUGUGAAGUCCUUAGUAGCUAUAAACUUUCUUGUGUUUCUUUCUUUGUGCUUUCUUAACUUGUGGAACUUGUUUGAUCUGCUGAGAUAAUUGUUUAACAACUGUGAUCUACAUUUCAUGUUUUAUAUCUUAAUUAAGAACUAAGUACUUGUAUUCUCUUCUCUGAUUAUAGCUAUAGAUUUGCUUUGAAAGCUAUGAACACCAUUUUGUGGUUUUAA